CGUACUCGAGCCUCGUACUCGCGAGUUUCCUACUCGAUCGAUUAUCGGCAGACUGUAACCUAGCGAUCGGCUUACCCGAUCGAAAGUUUAAACGCGUGUAUAAAGCUGGAAUAGGAUCACGGGAAUGCGCGUGACGCGAUCUGACGCGAUGUGACGCGACGUGACGCAACGUGACGCGACGAGACGAGCGCAAUCGAUGUUGCAGCUAUGUCCUAAGUAAACGUUUCUAUGUGAUAUUACAGCGUUAAUUAUCGAUGCCGACCAUGUAGGAAUGUUGUCCGAAGCAGGCAAAUCAUGGGUUUACUGGAUUGGAGAAGCUCGUAUAUCAUUAUUGAAUGAAAAGACACAGAUCGAACCGUUCUCGUGCAACCUCAAGAGCCGACUAGCGCAUAAUUCAAACGAAGCGCGAAUGCGUGUCAUCGACGCAACUAUGCAGAUGUUGCGGAAAUUAUUGGGCGGCACUUUAACCAAGCCUUACUUCAACUGGAUCGAGAACAAUUUAUCAUUCAUGAUCGAAACGUUAGACGAAAUCAGGUUCUACCCAUAUCCAGACAAGAUACAACGGAGAUUAAACAGGCUUAAGGAGAAGAACGCAAAAAUUACGGAGAAAUUCUUGCUAGACCAAAAACGCGAAAGUCAAGGGAAAAGGUUGGCUGAAAAAGCGAAAGAUUCGCUGCAACGAGGCAACGUAGAUUUAACGCAUUUGCCGUUGAAAGAACAGAAUCCGGGGAUUAUAACGUGGGCUAAAAUCGCCGGACACAAUUGGUGGCCAGCGAUGAUUAUCGAUUAUCGUGACUGUUGCAUGCGUGAACCAAGCUUUGGUUGCCAGUGGAUUAUGUGGUACGGUGAUUACCAGCUCUCAGAGGUGCACCAUCAGUUGUUCUUGAGAUUCGACAAGGGCAUGGAAAAAAUGCGCGACUACAUAAAUAAUACGAAAAAGCACAUAUACCUCGUUGGAGUUCUCCAAGCCUCCAAGGAUUAUUGCUCUCGUCUGGGAUUCAAAACCGAGGACUGGACUGUAAACGACGCGUUGAGAUAUUUCGCAACGAACAAAGAUUCCACAGAAUCGUGCGCUCAAAGGAAAGAAGAUUCCGUCAAAAUAUACGAUAAAUAUUCAGCUUGCAUAGCCAAGAAAUUGAACGAGUUGAAGAACAAUACAAAUGUAGACGAUGACCGGACGAAUGACAUAAAGAACAGUGAUGACUUACGUUCUGCGAUGAACGGAAACAUCGCGUUCGAAUCGUUGUGCCUAAAGUGUCUACGAGUUGCUAAGGGUAAGACGGAAAUUCAUCCAUUCUUCGAGGGAUCUUUGUGCAAAGAUUGCUCGGAUCGCUAUAAGCCCUGCAUGUUCCUUUUCGGCAAUGACGACAAAUGCUUUUACUGCACGGUGUGCGCAGCCUCUGGCAUGAUGAUCAUAUGUGACAAAGAGGACUGCCCAAGAGUGUAUUGUACCGCCUGCAUGAAACACCUGUUGUGCCCAACGACCUAUGAACAAGUUCUUCAGGAAGAUCCUUGGGAGUGUUUCCUCUGCGCAACUAACAAUAAGCCUCGACCGUCCUUCGAUUCGAUCAUCAAGCCACGAGCAAAUUGGAAAGACAAGAUGAUCAAUAUGUUCCGUACGAAAUCUAACCCGCAACAGUUAGUGAAACGUAAUCAGGAGAAGAAAAAGAUACGCGUGCUGUCCUUAUUCGAUGGCCUCGGUACAGGUUUACUGGUACUUCUCAAGUUAGGUUUAGUCGUGGACACGUAUUAUGCGAGCGAGAUCGACCCGGAUGCGUUAAUGGUGACCACUGCGUAUUUUGGUGAUCGAAUCAUUCAUUUGGGUAACGUGCAAGAUAUCACGAAGGAAAAGAUUCAAGAAAUAGCGCCUAUCGAUUUAUUAAUCGGUGGAUCGCCGUGCAAUGAUCUCAGCUUGGCUAAUCCAGCGCGACUCGGCCUCUAUGAUCCAAAAGGGACUGGUAUCCUAUUCUUCGAGUACUGUCGUAUCAAGGAUCUGCUAAAGGAAGUCAACAACGAAUGCCAUUUGUUUUGGUUCUAUGAAAAUGUCGCUUCAAUGCCGACCGAAUAUAGAUUGGAAAUUAACAGACAUUUAGGACAAGAACCUGACACGAUAGACUCGGCAGAUUUUUCUCCUCAGCAUAGAUUGAGGUUAUACUGGCAUAAUUUACCGAUAGAAAUACACUCAUUGUCUACACAACGAGAGCAGGACGUUCAGGAUAUACUUACGCCGCAUUGUCAACGUUAUUCGCUUGUUAAAAAGAUUCGGACUGUUACUACGAAAGUAAACUCGCUAAAGCAAGGCAAAUUGGCUUUGAAACCAAUUCUUAUGAAGGACAAAAGUGAUUCCUUGUGGAUAACCGAACUCGAAGAGAUAUUCGGAUUCCCGCGUCACUACACGGACGUGAAGAAUUUAUCGGCGACAAAAAGACAAGGGUUGAUAGGAAAGUCUUGGAGCGUUCAAACACUAACUGCCAUUUUUAGAUCUCUUUGUCCUUUUUUCGAGUGUAAUACGAUUGAAACGAACUAAUCGUGAUACGUUUAGGAGAAUCGAAAAUGUUUAAGCAUAGCGUGUGCUUUAAGAAGCAAAGACAAAACGAUCAAACGUGAACCAGAUCUCGCUUCGUCUAGUCCAAAAGGAGGAUAUAGCGAAUACUUUAAGCAUUUCAUUAAGUUUUCUCCAAUUUAUUUUGAGUUUUGUUACAAUCAAGAUAAAACAAGUACCUCGCAGUAUUUUCUACCAUUUCUGUCCUUUCUAUUAAAAUUGCAUCUUUGUCUUUUUCUCUGAAAUAUAUACUUUAUACACGCCUCAAACACAUCAUACAUUUUGUACAUUUUUUUUUUUCUUUGGAACGAUGAGAAAGAUAAGGAAAACGAAAGAAGAAAAAAAGGAAAACAAUAUUACAAAUGCGUAUUCUUAAAAAAUGGAACCAAAUAGAUGACACAUAUGCAACACUUUUUUGAUACACAUAAAAAUAUAUUAUAGAGAUUUAUCGUUAUUGUUUCUAGUGUUGUUUUGAUAUCUCAUACGGAAAUACCCCCUGCGAUGUUCUCGUGA